GUAGCUGCUGUGAGUGUUAUGGGAGUCAAUCAAACGAGCCAGCAUUCCUUCAAUCCCCUUUACGCUCCUCCUCUCUCCUCAGUGUGCUACAUUCUCCACUAAAGCUUGCAUGACCACUUUGUGGAGUGGUGGCACCGUAGGGGGGAAGACAACAUGGCAGACACCGCGCUCCAAACCGAGGGAGGAAGCGGCGGGAUUGUGAUCGACGAUGACUGGCCAGGUUACAGUUUAGAACUCUUCAGCUAUCCCGCUCACUACGCAGGGGAUCUGGAAUGUGUCGUCGUUCCACAUGGAGUCAUCAUGGACAGAACGGAACGUCUCGCUCGAGACAUCAUGGAUGACCUUGGGGACCAUGACAUCGUGGUCCUGUGUGUGCUAAAAGGGGGCUACCAGUUCUGUGCAGACCUGGUAGACAAGAUCAAGGUACUGAGCUGCAGCUCAGACCACACUAUCCCCAUGAGGGUCCACUUUAUUCGUCUCAAAAGCUACCUGAAUGACCAGUCGACAGAAGAUCUUCACAUACUUGGAGCCGAGGACCUGUCAUUUUUACAAGGAAAGAACGUACUGAUUGUGGAGGGCAUUAUUGGCACCGGUAAGACCCUGAAGGCUCUCCUGAAGCACGUUGAGGCCUUCAAGCCCAAAAUGAUCAAAGUUGCCGGAUUGCUGGUGAAGAGGGUGCCUCACAACACCGCACAACUCCCUCACUACAUUGGCUUUGAGAUACCCAAUCGCUUUGUGGUUGGAUACGCUUUGGACUAUAAUGAGUAUUUUAGGGACCUUAACCAUAUCUGCGUGAUCAGCGAAAGCGGCAAGAUGAAAUAUAAGAUAUGACGGAAGGAGUCGUCAUCUCACACAUUUUAGCCCACUUACCGCUGCUGUGGAGACAGUUGUUCUCUGACGUCACUGUUCAACAUUCCAUAUGUGAAGCUCCACUGCCCUGUAAUGUGUUGUACAGCUGUGGUGGAAUUCCUCAUUCCUCAUGGAACCUCUAAGGUCGAAUAUCAAGGUUGGAAAUAAUAUAUGCCAUAGGAAAUCAUGUGAAUAUAAAUAAUCUUUUUCCAGGGUCCAAAUCCUUUAUUAACUGAACAGGGAAUUUUCAAUGUAACAUUUUUAUCACGCUUAACUGUCAGGCCUUUAAUCACGACUGACAGCAACAAAAUGCCUCACACGUCUCAUUUUGAAACAUUCUUACUUGUCACACAAGUGUAAAAAGAAGUUAGCAACUGUAUGAGAUACUGUACCGUGACUUUGGGUUGUGGACAAAUUGCUUUGGAAGAAAUACAUGGUAGUACACAUUUUCUCAAGCUGUUACAAUCAUUAGACACAUACUCAACGAUUUUUAGGCAAUUAGCCAUGAAGUCCCAUGCAAAGACAUUUUAAUUGAUGGCGGCCUGUUUUUCCACCCAAAUUUCACACUGCAUAUACUGUACAAAACCUGCAUGGGAAAUGCUGGAAUUCUCUUCCUUUUUGCCUGAUAUUGUUUUACCUAAUGCAAUGCAAGUGACUGGUUGUCAUAACCUGCAUUGAUGGAAAUGAAUCCUCCCUAAAUAUGAAACUGAAUGACGUUUCAAGUUGUAAAACACUAGUACUCUGUCAUGAAAUGAGUCGUCUAACAUUAUCAUUAGCACCUACUGUAUUAAAUGUUUCACUUAGUUCUUGGGAGCACAGUGCAGAUUUUUCGAUAUACAGUAUAGAGUAUGCAUUUUGCAUUAAAGCCAUUAAUCGGAUCAGCAGUAAACUUACUUGAGCAACUUGUGUUCAGAUUGUGCCUCACAACACUCCUGAUGUUGCUGUUAGAAGUGGAUUUUAUCUCUUGAUUAUUUUCAGUUAUAUUGUAAAGGAAGUCAGGUCACCUCUCCUGACUAGGAAAACAAAAAUAGGUGCCCCACAAAUGAUCUAAAAGGCACAAAAGAGUCAUUUGUGUUGAACUGGUGUGGUCUUUGUAUACACUUGACAUAUGACUCUCAAGCUGGGAACACUGAGUGCUAUUCCAACAAAAUUGGUUUUCACUCUACGUUUACAGGGAUUACGCUGGAUUGACACCAUGACAAUAACAUCCACAUAAAAUACAUUAUAGAACAUACAGUAUAAAUACAUUAUGUCAUUUGUUUUUACUCAUGAAAGUAGAAUAGAUUUUUUGUAUUUAGAGUAUCAAGGCAUGCCAACGAUGCUUAAUACCAUAUAUUUAAAUUUGGACAACAUAUUUGCUCCAUGUGUUUCUAAUGCUUCAUGUUGUAAACUAACUAUUCCUCUUGUAUGAAAAAUAAAGUGCAAGAAUAACUAACACAUAAAAAAGGUACUUUGGUUAAGGUAUUUAACAUGUUCAGAGGGUAUUUAUUUUGAAUAUGUUUUCUUUUUGCCUGGAUGUCAUACCGUGUAUUGUACUUGCGUAAACUGUACUGUAAUAGUAGAAUUUAACAUUACUUAUGCAAACUAUGCCAUAUCAAUGGAUAGUGCAUUUACAGCUGCCAGUCAAGAUAGAUGGUUAGCUAUAUAAAUCAUGUACUACUCUGUAAUCUUAAUGUGCUUUUUUUUUAGGCAUGAUGGUUAUCUAGUUGUAACACAGUUGUCAAAGAUGGGAAGUAGCAAAUGACAUUUACUUGCAUAAUUGAGUAGUUUUAUGUAUAAUUGUUAGGGCUGUCAACAGACACUCAGUUCAGAGAUUUUAACAUUACCUUUAAGGAAUGUACAAUAAAAAAUAUAUGACUAUAUCAUAACUAACUAUUACGUUACACUUCUGCAUAUCUGCCUCCACGCACUAAGACA